AUGGAUAUUAAAAAUCUGCUUUGUUCAUCAUCGAAUGUUUUGAAUGAAAACGAUGCCAACGAUUUUCCAAAGUCGCCUAUUUGGUCAUCUUCUUCCUCAACAUCCACGUUUUCAUCAUCAUCAUCAUCGUCAACAGCCAAUAGUCCAGUCUCAUCUUGCUUUUCAACACCACCAUCAUCCCCUUCAGUGAAUGAACAACAACAACAACAACAGCCAUCUCAGCAACAACCACGACAACCGCAACGAACUCCACAAACACGUACUCCUUGGACAGCUGAAGAGGACUAUCUUUUGCAGCAAGGUUACACACAGGGCUUAUCAUGGGCCAUGAUUUCAGCAAAGUAUCUACCACAUCGUUCGCGAGGCUGCUGUUGGGGUCGUUUCAAGACUCUGCAAACAAAGGCAAUGGAACACCGUGAAUGGACCUCAACAGAGGAUCGUCUUUUAUUGAUGGCUGUCAAGAAGCAUUCGCGUCUAUUUAAACAAGCUUGGAAAUCGGUCGCUGAAGACUUGCCAGGUCGUUCAUGGCGUGAAUGUGAAUUCAGAACUGCUCGAAUGAUCCGCAAGAAGCAACAACAUUAG